AUGGUAAGCAGAUAGCAAAUCAAGGUCUUUGAUAAGAAUUUCAAUGAUAAAACUAAUCAAGCAUAUGACCAGGAUGAAACAGACAUGUUUUAGUUCCAAGAUGAUAAAAGUUCUUUCACGAAUUCUCCUGACAAUAAAAAGCAUUCAAAACAAAUGUCCUUCGUUAGGUUUAAUUAUGAUGACGACACAUAUGAGUUAAUAGAUAGUAAAUAAGCUUCAAAAAUUUAAGACAAAGCUAAGCAAUAAAGAUACUUAGAUAAAGUGAAUGGAUUCAUUUAGAGUCAGAAAACAUAAAAGAGGGUAAAUGCACAGGAUUUCUUGGAGAAACUGAAUAAGAAUAAAAAACUCGCAUUGGUCAAAUAAAUGCUCAGAAAUGAAUGA